AUGAGGCUGAUACCAUUUUCCAUGGCCAUUCUGGGCCUCACUGUACCGUUGCUGACCCUGGAUAACCAUAAAACCAGUACAAACUCGACAUUGGAAAGGGCAAUCGCUGCCAUUGGUGAAGAGGGGCUCUCAAAACUGUGGAACGUAACUUAUGAAUGCCAAAGAAUUUACCGUUCUCGGGGCCUUAUGCAAAGCUACAAUCUCAUGCGUGCCGAUGUAUCAGCAGCAACAUCCGGAACGCAGAACAUCUCCUAUGAAGUAGACUACCCAUUGCUUCGGCAGCGAAUCGACCGCCGUAUACAGCCUUCGCCUGCGUUGGCUAAUAAGCUUGCUACUGAGGCUCUCAUGAUGUCUCCUGGUCUUGUUGAGCGGAUCAAGAUUCGACGGUCUAAAAGUUCCGAAGAACGCGAAGUUGAUAUAAACGGCAUCAUGUUUCCCGCGGACAUACCUACCAUAUAUCGUCCGCUCAGAAGAACAACAUCCGAUCUACGGAAACGUGACAAAAGACGUAUACCUAUCAAACUACAAAGAAGUACAGGCAAUCAAAUUUCCCAUACUAUUCAAACCAUCUACAGCUCAUCUAGCCAACGACUCAGCGUGGUUCUCGAAGACUUUGUGAUUGACAAAAUCAACGCAACAUCAAAGUUCAGCAACAAACUCUUCGAUCUUGUUCUUCAUGGUCAGAAAGCCAAUAUUUCAGAAAAGCCUCCUGGUGUUCCCAGUGGUCUUGUCACAGAUUGUAGCACAAGUUUACUAGGAUCACCAGUCAAGAAUGUCAGCGUUGAUGCUUUGAAGUCAUCUAGGCCCGUUGAUCUCUUGCAGGUGUAUUGGCUUAUCAUCGAUGAUAGCCAUGAUCUUGGGUUUAAGCAGCUUAUUAUUGAGUUUGAGACUGAAGUUAUUGUAUGCGUUGCGCCGCCCUCCUGGAGUGAGGCUGUCCUGGAGUGGAUUGAGAGGAAUAUUGGCAAGAAGGUCACUUACGUCGCGCCUUCGCAUCAUCACCGAGAUCAUAGUGGCGGCGUAGCCGAUUACGUCCGUGCUGGUGCCAAGUUGAUCAUUCCCGAGAUGGCGGUGGAUUACUGGUCCAGCAUUCCAGGCGCUCAAUUCAUUACCUUCAAUCAAACACACCCUUACGUUCAUCGCGACAACAAGGUCCAAGCAUGGUUCAAUUGGGCUGAUCAAGCGCCCCAUGCAUCAGACUGGACUUAUGUAAUGGUUACAGAGCGAUGUCCUAAUACAAGCUCGUCCAUCUUCGUAUUUGAGGCCAAUACGUGCGAAGCUGGACUUAGUGUCGACUUGGGUAACCAGCAGCAGAUGAGGCAGUGGUUGGACCAGCUCCUGGAUGAUGGUCUUCCAAGGUCUACGACUGUGAUGCCCAUGCAUGGAUGGAUUACUCCGUCGGAGCAAUUGAUCAAUAUCACGGCUUAUCAAUAUCCUGAUUUUGAUAUUAGUCGUUGGAGGAAGGGGGCAGCUUUAUGUGAUAAAUCACCCACAAGGAAGCAUAAGGAUAAUUAG